UCCUUCAUUUCCAUCGCACACCUCUCUCCCUCUCUCCCUCUAUCUCUCUCUCUCUCUCUCUCUGAAGAAAAGUCUUACGGAGAUGGAAUACAAGGCGAGAACAACCACAGCAAUACCAACACCCGUCACUAUUCCCGCUAAAGUCAUCCCCUACUCAACAUCAUCCUCACCUUCCUCACCGCCACCGCAACCACCACCGUCCCAGUCCUCGUCUCCAACCACUCCCCCUCCUCCUCCUCCUCCUUCCCUCCCCUUUACCCCACUGCCGCCGCUGCAGCCGGCGGUCCUCAGCCCAUGCGCCGCCUGCAAGAUCCUGCGCCGGCGGUGCGUGGACAAGUGCAUCUUGGCCCCGUACUUCCCGCCCACCGAGCCUUACAAGUUCACCAUUGCUCACAGGGUGUUUGGAGCUAGCAACGUCAUCAAGUUCUUGCAGGAACUUCCGGAACCGCAGAGAGCGGACGCGGUGAGCAGCAUGGUGUAUGAGGCCAACGCGAGGCUCCGAGACCCGGUCUACGGCUGCGCCGGAGCCAUCUGCCAGCUCCAGAAGCAAGUGAGCGAGCUCCAGGAGCAGCUCGCCAAGGCUCAGGCCGAGCUCGUCAACCUCGAGCUGCAGCGGGCCAACCUCGUCGCGGCCUGCAUGGAGAUGGCUCAGUCGCAGGAGCCGGCCAUCAAUUUCCAGCAGCAAUUCGUCGACUCGGCCGGCAUCUUGGACGACGGCCCGGCUAGCUGGGAAUCGCUCUACUGGACGUGACCGCCGGUGACCCAUGAGACUUAGCCUUAUAAUUACUAAUGAGAAUGAGCCACAAGAAAAGGAAAAAGCAAGGGAACUUUACCCACGACCAAAUGUCAACAAAGUUUACUCCCAGAGAAAGGAAAUUAAAGUUCGGGAAUUGGUAUUCCGAUAUUGACAAGAUGGAAGGACGUGGAGGGGGCGGGAAGGGGUUCUGUCUUUUGCUCUCUGAUGAAAUUUCCAAGGUCUAGGAAUUUUUAUUCUAUCUUUUCUUGAACGAGAACAAGUUGUUGUGGGUGACCUAAUUACAAUUAUCUUGUCGAAUUAAUCGGUCAUUUUUCUAAAAUCAAUCGGAGCACAAACACGCUUCCUUGUCAAA